AUGACUGUGCAUCGGUCGACGCUUGGUGAACCGUGCCUGGUGGCACAGAACAUGGCGCAGGCUUUUUUUAUUAGCUGGGGUGCUCCCAGCUCUACCAGGGGUCAUCGAUGGGUGAGGCGCCUCUCCUCAGCGAGGUUCCACACCCUGUCGGCAACAACAACAGACCCUCUCCUUUUUCUUCUUGUCUUUAUUUCAUGGGUGGUGGGCAUAAUGACUGCCACCGUUGAAGAAUCGGGCGUGCCUGCGUCAGGUGGCGGGGAGCAACCCGAGUGGCAGGGGAUUUCAGGCGUUAGCUAUAACCAGCCUGGUUCCACAGAUUCAGGUUGGUCAGAUUGCAGCAGGUGCUUCCUGCACGCUGUGAAGGGCCCAACCUUGUCGUGGGGGUCUUCAUAG